AGGCGGCAGCGGUGGGAGCGCGGCGUGGAGGGCUGUGCCGGCUGCUGCUGCAGCCGCAUCUUUGCCUGCUCCCCUCGCCGUCAGUGGGGCGCUUUGCGCCUUCAGUCUGGGACCGAAGCCGCCGGCCGUCGCGGGCGGCCGGAUCCGCGCCCUGUCUCAGAGCCCGAAGGACAUGCAGGAGAGAGAAUGAGCCAGAGGGACACGCUGGUGCACCUAUUUGCCGGGGGAUGUGGUGGUACAGUGGGAGCUAUUCUGACAUGUCCAUUGGAAGUUGUAAAAACACGACUGCAGUCAUCUUCUGUGACACUUUACAUCUCUGAAGUGCAGCUAAACACCAUGGCUGGAGCCAGUGUCAACCGAGUAGUCUCUCCCGGACCUCUCCAUUGCCUAAAGGUGAUCUUGGAAAAAGAAGGGCCUCGUUCUUUGUUUAGAGGAUUGGGCCCCAAUUUAGUGGGGGUGGCUCCUUCCAGAGCAAUAUACUUUGCUGCUUAUUCAAACUGCAAGGAAAAGUUGAAUGGUGUAUUUGAUCCUGAUUCUACCCAGGUACACAUGAUUUCUGCUGCAGUGGCAGGUUUUACUGCAAUCACAGCGACCAACCCCAUUUGGCUUAUAAAGACUCGGUUACAGCUUGAAGCAAGGAACCGUGGAGAAAAACGAAUGGGUGCUUUUGAAUGUGUUCGUAAAGUGUAUCAGACAGAUGGACUCAGAGGAUUUUAUCGAGGCAUGUCUGCUUCAUAUGCUGGCAUAUCAGAGACUGUUAUUCAUUUUGUUAUUUAUGAAAGUAUUAAGCAAAAACUACUGGAAUACAAAACUGCUUCGACGAUGGAAGACGAUGAUGAGUCUGUGAAAGAAGCAUCAGAUUUUGUGGGAAUGAUGUUGGCUGCUGCCACCUCAAAAACUUGUGCCACAACUAUAGCAUAUCCACAUGUUGUAAGAACAAGACUACGUGAAGAGGGAACAAAAUACAGAUCUUUUUUUCAGACACUAUCUUUGGUUGUUCAAGAAGAAGGUUAUGGGUCUCUCUACCGUGGUCUAACAACUCAUCUGGUGAGACAGAUUCCAAACACAGCUAUUAUGAUGGCCACCUAUGAAUUGGUGGUCUACCUACUCAAUGGAUAGCAACAUCUGCCUGUCAAUCUAUAAAGAGGGAAGAAGACCAAAAGAGUACAGUGGACCAUGGAAUAUCUAAGCCAGCAUGGUGGACAGAAGAAAAAGGUUGGGGAACAUUUAACUAUGCCUAAGUGGAAGUUUGGUUGUAGGAGUUGAAGUGAUCAUACCAUGUUACUUGGUCUUUUUGGAAAUGUGAAUGAAACCUCGGCUGCGUCCAAGGAAAAUACCUUUAAAAGCACUCCUUUCUAAAAAUUACCAUUUUCUCUGCCAUGUCUGCCUGACAUAGUUGACUUUAGUUGAUUGGUGGCAGUC